ACGUCGUGCUUCUCAUGCGCCGAACCUAAUUGCUGAAUUAAGUACAUGAGAAGCUCGACGUUUAACUUAAUUAAGUUCGACAGAAUCGAUUAAGUUCGACAGAACGUCUCUGGCUCGACUUGUUCUGCCGUGCCGCACGGCAGUAGCACGACACCAAGUUAAACGUCGUGCUUCUCAUGUGCCGAACCUAACGCAUAAAUUAUUUUUAAUUAUUUUGAACGUUAAAACGAGGUUAGGCAUGCGCAGAUGAGAUAGGAAAAAGGCGCCAACGACAAACUUACGCCAUUCCGACGAGUCAUCGUUCACUUCACUUUCACUCGUGUUCUUGAAAAUUUAGAAGUUUAUUCAAUUCAUAUUCAGUAUAACGAUCAUGACAUCAAAUUCACGAAACAUAGACAAUUGCGAAUCAUGUAUGAAGCAGACUAAAUAUAUCUGCAUAACUUGCGGGGUACCAGUCUGUACAGUUUGUUGUUUGGAGGAGUUAGAUGAAGAAACCCAAGGCUGGAUUCCAUGCCGGAGUGUAGGCUACUGUUCUGUUUGUAAGGUGCAACAGUUUGAGUCAUCAAAAGUUGAAUUGAUAUCACCAUCAAGUCCUAACAGUAACAAAGAAGAUGAGGAAGCAGAUUUUGAAAGUGGGAAUGAGAGUAAUGCUGAUGGGCCACCAUUAAAAAAAAGAAAGAAAGAAAAGAAAUCUGGCAGAAAGACAAGUUGGCCUGACACUUUACUUGCUGACUUUAUUGAUAUCAUUGUAUCCAAUGAAUAUUUCAAGAAAAAACUAAUUUUCCAGAAUGUCAAAAAUCAAAAAAAUGGUGAAAUAUAUGGGAACAUUUUAAAAGAACUUAAAAAGCGUGUUCAUGCUAGAAAUGAGAAUUGCAACUACACUGUAAUCCAGCUCCGUAAUAAAUUUAAGAAGGUAGUUGGGGAGUGCAAGAAAGCAGCACUUGUAAUGAAAACUGCAAGUGGAAUAAAGAGAUUCCAAGAAGAAAAGAAUUACGGAGUUUGGUUCAAUCAGCUGCUAGAGCUGGUGAAAACAAGAGAAAGCUGCCAGCCGGAACAAGCCAUCGAACCAAGUGAGCGAUCUUUUGAUUCCACAAGUGAGUGUGUUGCUCCAGCUGAAUCAACACCAGAAUUUUUCAUCCCAGUCAUGAAGGGCACCAAAAAGAGUCCCCCCAAGGAACAGCAAUUCAAGGAGAUGCUGGGCCUUAUGAAAAACAUUGCUGAAAAAGACCCAAUUAGUGAUUUUUUGAAAUUCAUGAGGGAACAAGAGGAAAGAGAAAGGAAACACGAACUUGCAGUGAUUUCUUUGAUCAUGAACCAACAAACGAUGCCACCACAGCAGCAGCAAUUUCUGAAUUACAGCAACAUGAAUCCAGUCAUCCAGCAACAUCCUUAUGAUCAUAAUACCAUGAAUCACAUGGCUGGCAGCAGUUCUGCUUAUAACAGCUUCAUGCAAGAACUGAAUAGUGUCAAUGAGACAUCUGAGAAAACUUUCACGAAAUUGUGA